GUUCAUUCCGAAUCAUACUACAUCGGUGUGUGUUCGCAGUAUUUGCAUCGUUGGUUCAAUGCAGACGGCAACCCAGACGGCAGCGCACGGAACGAAAGCGAACAGAAGGGGAAUAUAGGAAAAUAUAUCCCGCUCAAUACAUUCUGGAAGAAACAUUCUCUUGACGUCAGUUCACUGUGUGAUUUUUUUAAAGGUGACGGAAACGUUCGAAAAUGUCAAACUUAAAUGUUUGGAAUGCUAAUACGAAAUGAAACACACACGUACUGCAUUUUUCACCUAUUUCUAAAUUUUUCAUUUGAAAGGUUUAGUCGACACAACUAGUGGGCUUUCGUUUUUCAAAUGGGAAUAUAGUGGCGCCCUGCCAAUCGAAACAAAGAUGUGAUUGGACCGAGGAGUCUUGUGUUGCAUAAUUUUGCCCAAGGGAAUUUAAAUACGGACGUGUGACCGGCCUGAGCUACCAUCUAUCUACUAAUUCCCCUUGAACAGCUUUUCAAUCAAUGUUGAAAUUUCUAUCAGUGCGGGAGUCAGGUCAUAGAGCAUGGUGAACUCAGGAGGUCGAGAGUGCUGGCGGGGAGUCUCGGCAGAGCGUCUUCAACCCCAAACUUGCAAAUGCGGUGGCCGGGAUCCACCGCCCUUUAAUUUGGUCUUUCCAAUUUCGGCGGGUGCAGAAUUCUCAACUGUAGCGCCCCCAACGUGGGCCAACAAUACCCUGUUUCCUCUGCAGACGACAGUGCUGCCGACUGGAGUGUGGAGAACGGGUGAAGGGGCCAGUGGCGGUGGUGAUGCUGCAACUAUUUCUUCAUCAGCCGCACCAUCAGGAGGGAACUCAGCAGCAUGGCACAACUUACAUCCAAGAUCUGUGGCACUGCUGAUAGGAGCAAGUAUCAUGCUUAUCGUUAUCAUCCUCUUCCUUGGCUGCCUUUUGUUUUGCUUCACGAGAAAGAAGAAAAAGAAACGACAUGAUGACGUGCGAAGAUCUAGGCCUGAUGGAUGUGAAGCUGACCGAGUCCCUUGCGACUUACCUACUGUCAACGACCAACCGAAGAACAAAAACGAGUUUCCUCUAUUGCAAAUCGAUCAACCAACACACCCCAACCAUGAAAUACCACCAACACGAGAUGUGUCAUCGGGCACCGAUUCACCAUUCGUGGUCAGAAAUUUCCCUAUGUUGAGAACAGUCAAAUCUGCCGUUGUCGGCAUCAGAUCAUCACCGAAGAAAGUGGCAAGACCUGUCAGCCGACAUGACUCGUCAGCUCCGCUCGUCGAACAUCAAGCCUCAAUUUUUCGUGAUAGGUGGAAGAAUGGAUCGCAGAGAAAUGGUAAAGACGACAUGGACGAUAACCGUUUAUCAACAGACAUUGAUAAUUCUGAUCUGCGAUAUCCCGAGCGUAGAGAUCGCUUGAUGACGCUGAAUGAGAACGAUGUAGGUGUACCAAAUGGCAAGCUAUCCACCAAGAUAGAAACACUGCCAUCUAAGAUGUAUCCUGCACAAAGAAUUAUGGGAAGUCCGUCUCGAAAGAGUCCCAAUAAGAGACCUGAUUCAUCAACACCUCUAUUUGAUAGCGAUUCAGUAUCAAGUUCUGAAGCAUGACAAAGAGUUAAGCUACUACUUCGAAUGUCAUAGUACACCUUGAAGGCCUUCUAUGACUCUUCUUGAAUAGAUACUGCAAUAAUUAUGUUGAUUUUUUUUUUUCAAGUCUAGAAUAAGUUCUGUUGGAAAAUUAAGAUCGUCCUUUCCGAUGUCAACGUACAUACUAACAAGACAUCUGAAAUUAUUAAGGAUAAGAAAUGCAAUAUGUUUCAUUAUUAAACAAUAUCUUCCUUACUUCAGCAAAGAAAGUUUGAUAAAAUAACUGUACACCCUUCCGUCAGGAGAAGUCUAAAGUCUCUACUUGAUGGCGGCAGGUCUUUCAGAGAAAGUGACCAGAGAAUACUUCCAUAUCUCACUUUAUUUAUAUCCCUGGCUGUAAGGAGCUCUUCCGGGGCAGUAGUCUCCUCCAAAAAUGUUAUUGUUACAAAAUGAUUCUGGACUUCACAGAUUAAAGAUCGUUUAGAAUCACCUUAUUAAUUCGUAUUUAUCAACGGAGUUCAUAAUUAUUUCGGCCGUAAUGUUUCAGGUAUAGGCCUGAUCAUGAGACUGAAGUAAAAAAUAUUUCAGAAUCAAUCGAAAAGCAGCAUGAGAAACCAUUAAAACUUUUUUAAUUGAGGUGAAUACAGAUAACAUGAAAUGAAACUCAAAUCUAAAAUGAACUCAACAUAACGAAGUAGAUUUGUUAAAUUACGUAUUGUAUCCGGGUCCUUAUUUUUUUCGCCUUCAGCAGCUUAUUUUUAAAAGGUUAAUGUAGUUCUCAGUGUGAAAUCGAUAAAUAUGUUUUACUUCUAUUGAAGAGCUGUUAAAAGAAAAAUACCAUUACAAACUUUUAUAAUCAGAUUUCCAAAAACGGAAAAGAUAUCAGACAUCACCCCCACCAAACACAAUCUUCAAAACGUUCAUAGGACAGAGCUUGCACAAAUUAAUCAGUGAAAACAUAUUUUAUGUCUUAUAUUUAACUCCAGUCCUGAAGCAAUAUCGCUGCGACAUUAUGCGGUAAUAGUAGAAAAGCUACGACAUUAUGCGUCUAGUCGGGCGCUCUCGGCAUAAUGUCGCUAUCUGCGACAUUAUGCGUUGGUGCAUGUGACAUGCGUUGCUGCGACAUUAUCGGUUGUAACAGGCCUUUGGUAUCUGAUCGCGUGGUUUCUACGUGAUAUUUUUGGGGUAGAAACUUCUAUCUGCAAAAUAAAUUGUACAUACUUCAUGUGCAAUCUCACUCGGCCUUUAAGCCCCUUUCACAAUUGACGUACGACAUGUUUAACGAUUUUUCCUGUUGCACGAUCGAUCUCUUGGUGUCUUGCGAACACUCGCAGUCGUUGUACACGAUCGCACGAACUCGAGGUGGUCGUGACUGGUCGCAUCUGAACUUUGAAGAUGUUCAAAAUCCAAACGCGAUCAAAUACGAUCGAUUCACUCGCAUCAGAUCGUACCAUCGGUCUGGAGAUCAUUGUGUGAGUGUUGUUCAACGUUGUACGACUUGAUGCGAGAGGUGGCCCAACUAAGUAGUCACAUUUAGUCGACUGGAGGUCGUACAACACUUGCACAUGUGCUAGCGACCUAUAGAGACCAGUCUUGCGACUGGGUGCGAUAAUAUAUAGGCCAUAAGACUGUUUCAAGACCGAUCGCAAAACGGCUUACAACAUUGCACUACCGUUGCAUUCCCAUGUACAUGAUGUAUGCGACCGUUCCACUCGCAAUCCCUCGUGCAACACUCGCAUGUGAUCGCACGAGCACAAUAAGAGCAUAUAUGCGACUUACUCGUGCAACGGGGUUUACUGGUUGUUUUAGUUGUACGACACCUGUUGCAUUUGUGAAAGCCUCUGUGCGAUCUUAUGAGAUGACUUGCGAUUGAUGCCUGUUGCAGCUUGUCGCACUACCAAAAGGUCGCAAAUGGUCGUACGUCAAUUGUGAAAGGGGCUUUAGUGAUACGUGAGUGUCAACUAUCUAUUUGUUAUUGUUUUCUCUUUAAAUUUUUGUCAAGUUUACAAAGGGACUCCGAACAGGGCAGAAUACUAGAACAUUCUCGUGCUAAAUAUUUAGAAAGUAUUCGGAUAAUUUGUUGAGAAACUCAUACUAAACUGUUAAAUAUUGAAACUAUUUCGACACAUUGUGUUCAUAAUAGCACAAUGGCGUUAUUCAAAGUACCCUCGUCUGUCUUGCGUGCGUGAAUAGUUUGCAUUUUGUAUAAUAACAUAAUCGACAAAAUUCUUUUGUAUUUAGCGUUCUCGUGAUUUUUUUCUGUCCUGAUGCGUUAAGUCCCUAAUAUUAACGGGUAACCAUAAUUAUCAGGAACUUCCUGAAACAGAAAGGUAACCUUCCUGCUUUUAGAUUCGAGAACAGUGAUGAAACUUAACCAUCCCUUUCGGAUAUUCCUAUUGCGUAUGUAGGAUCAUGGUAUAUAUUCAUUGCAUUAUUAAGAGACAAAAUUUUGUGUUGGUUCUUUCCAUUUUGAUCUGUGAUCGGAACGUGAGGAUGCAUCAUGCAGCCCAAGUGUAUCUUUCAUGUGGGAAAUAUUUACAUGUUAAACAUGGCACAUAAGUGCUGGGGCGAGCAUUCUCGACUUGGUUUUUAUAAGUACCGUUUAGAGAACUAAUGGCGCAGUCAAAUUUUCCCUAGUAAGGUGAGUCGAAAAGAGCCAUUUUAACAUUUUUUGUGCUAUCUACAUAAUAGGUGGUUUAGAUAGAAAUGAAUAAAACGGCUGUUUUUGACUCGCCGUACGGCCGCCGUAGGGAAAAUGUGACUGCAUCAUUAUAGACUCCCUAACUGUUUUGUAAAGUCCUUAUGGUAUCAUAGAAAAUAUUUCUUUCAUUAUGCUGUCAUGUGCCUGCAUUGUUUAUCAAUACCCAUGGAAUCUUAAAUCAUUAGAUCAGGUAUCGGUUUUUCACCUAACAUACCUUUUUACAUUUUAUUGCCUUCACAGUUUUUCGGGGAAAAUCAUCUCUAGCUAAACCAAAGAAAUCAUACCCAUGAUAAUUGAAUACCUCAAUAUCGCCUUGAAAGUGUUCAUGGUUAUGUGUUGAAGUAGGAUUAUGAAAGAAUGCCCUAAUUUCACUGACUAGUAACCUUAACAUGUUCAGUGUUGACAAAAAAAUUAUAUUAUAAUCAAUCAUUAAAUCUUGACCCAUUUCGACUAAACGUAUUUCAAUCAGAGAGACGUUGGUUCGAAUCCCAGUCAUGUUUUCUUUCAGCAAGAAAUUUACAAACAUUGUGCUGCACUCAACCCAGGUGAAGUAAAAGAGUACCAGGCAGGAAUAAUUCCUUGAAUGCGCCAAGCGCCUUCAGCAACUGGAGCUAUAGCCGGGGUUAAUGCGCCAUUGAAUAGGCAAAUAGAUAAUCGGUGCCUCAUAAAAUAAUGAUAUAUAUAUUAUUAGUAGUACACCCGGAGAAAAUAUUGCUUCGUUAUUUCAGUCACUACAGUGUAUAAUGAAGAUAUAUUACCGCAACCAAUCUUAGGUUAUCUGGUGUUUACAUAUUGUAUUUACAUUAUCAUGACAAUACUAAUGAUGAUAAUAUUCACUUCUUGUAAUGAAAGCGCGCUUCACGUACAAUUUAACAAUAACUUCAUUUUGCAUAAUGUAUUAGAAAAAAAACGAUUGCGUUUCCCUUGCAAGCCUUUAUAAGAUUUGCAGGCCUAUUAAUAAUGUAUUUAGAACCGCUCUAAAUCACCAAGUUAUUACAUUGAUCAGUUUCAAUACCCACUGGGCAUGCUGGGUAUUUAAUUUCAUUUAGUCUUAACUUAAAGAGAAACUGAAAGAGAUCUUUAAAGUAACCAUGUUGCCCUCUUCUAAAGACUCGGGCCAAUAUGAUUCUGUCGCAGGCAAUAUAUUUGAUAUUCCCCUCAAGGCCAGUUAUAAAUGUUUACCUAGUUUGCUUUCAUUUGUAUGUCUUUAUAGGGAAUAUAAAUAGUACAUGUAAAUCGCCACUUCAUUCGAAUGACUCUCUUUUCUCCAUACGAAGUUUUUGAACACUUCACAGGCUCAUCUUGAUAGUGGAAAUAGGCCCAUACCAAUGUAUGUUGGCUGUGAAAAAGGAUGAUUGACACUUUAAUUUAUUAACCAAUAAUAUUGCGUUUUGAUAAAAGCCAUUAUGACGAAUAGAAACUUUUAUUAAUGAUGUAUUAUGGUGUGUAUGGUAUUUUUUUUGCUUUGUAAAUAGUUGUCACUAUUUAUUACAAAAUCAUAAUUGUCUAUGUUUAGAAAGUUUUGUUUUCUAUUAAAAAACAGUCAAGAGAAAUAAUAAUUAUCUAGCUUAUUUGCAAUUAUUGUGAAAAUAAUGUGCCUUUAUAAACCAUGUUUCAUAAUACCCAAGUUUAAGUCCUUGUUUGAUUCUUUAUUGUCUCCUUUGCCAUACCGCAAGUUUUGAACGAUUACGUAAUAUCGAUCGUAAAGUAAAUCACGCGGCUGCGUUUCAAGGUUUCAAAGACACUCGAGUUCAAAUCUGUUUUCGUCAAUCAUAAAUAAGGACAUCUUUAAAAACACAAGUAUACAUGAAACGCUAAAUAAGAUGCGUUUUGAAAGGUUAUUCUGCAGAAUAAAAUACGUAAAAGGUCAAGUCUACUUACCAAAACAAUAAGUUGAUUUGAAUGAAAAGACAAAAAUCAAACAAGUUUAACGCUUAAAAUGUCAUCAAAUGCAGACGUAAAAUAAGAAAGUUAUGACCUUUUUAAAGUUUGCACAAUAUCCGACAAAACAAUUAUAACAUGUAUAUGCAUAUCCUGGUCUUUAUGCAAAUGAGGGAAUUGAUGACGCCACCCUCACUAUUUCUUUUGAAUGUUAUUAUUACGAAAUUGUGAAAAUGUGAAACAAAGUCUGAUUUAUCCCUGAACAUGUUGAAUUGACAUUGUUUUAACAUAUCAUGAUUUGGUGACGAUUCUUGUUAUUAUCAAGUCUGCAAAAUGAAAUAUGAUUAAAAUACAUGUAAUAAAAUACAAAACAGAAGAGUGACAUCAUCCACUAUCACAUUUGCAUAUCACUGUGUUUCCCCCUUAACUGUGUUGUGAAAAAUAAGAAAACUUUUUGUUAAGUAUCAUAACUCUCUUAUUUCAAAUCCGGGUCUCAUAAAUUUUUGGUGUUAUAGGCCUACUGGUGGGUGUUAUUUUUUUUCUUUUAAUUCAAAUCAACUAUUUGUUGGGGUGGACAUAACCUUUAAGAUUCGGCUGAGCCCAGCCCAACAUAGGUGUUAAACAUUUUUCUUCGGCGAACCUUCUCUCGUUUAUUCAUUUGGUACACAUCGAGUAAACCUACCUCUUGGGUCAAAUUCGCUUAUACAUGUAGAGAUGUGUUUGAACGUCUAGCCUCUAUACUGUGCUUGUAAAAUAAUUUGCGAUUCACGUUUGUAGUACUAGUAUAAAAUUUCGCGUGUCUUUACUACAACUUUAGUAUCUCUUUUUUUUUACUCAUUGUGUAUUGUCCUUGUCAUCCUGAAAACGUCAAGUUAUUUUCUUGGCGGUUUUAAUAAAUUAUUAUUUAUCUA